AUCUAUAUAUCUCUCUGUCUCUCAAAUAUAUACUAAUCUGAGUUCUGAGCAAUCUGAGCAAUCUGAGCAAUGGCAAGGAUGUGGUUCCCAAAGCUUUCAAUUUCAGUAGUGUUUUUAUUUUUGACUCUUUGCAGUUUGUUUGAAACGCCCGCUUUGGCUAUCAAAAAGAAGUCAUACAUAGUGUACUUGGGAUCUCAUGAACACAAUUCUCAAGUUUCUGAGGCUCAUCUUCAUGCAGUUACAAAUUCCCAUUAUGAGUUUCUCUCCUCCUUUCUGGGAAGUACUGAGAAAGCUAAAGAUGCAAUUUUCUACUCUUACCAAAGAAACAUCAAUGGAUUUGCUGCCUUUCUUGAGGAGGAAGAGGCAGCUGAAAUUGCAAAGCAUCCAAAAGUGGUAUCCGUCUUCUUGAACCGAGCACGACAGCUACACACAACACACUCAUGGGAAUUUAUGUUGCUAGAAAAGAGUGGCGUGAUCCAUCCUUCUUCCCUGUGGAAGAAAGCCAGAUUUGGUGAAGACACCAUUAUAGCUAAUCUUGACACCGGUGUUUGGCCCGAAUCAAAGAGCUUUAGUGAUGAAGAAUUUGGCCCCGUACCUUCAAGAUGGAAAGGCAUAUGCGAGAAUGGCACCACCUCUGGAGUCCCUUGUAACAGGAAGUUAAUUGGAGCUAGAUACUUCAACAAAGGUUAUAUAGAGGAAUACAAGUUGAAAGUAGGUCGUUGGGAUCCAUCUCUCAACACUCCUCGAGACAUUGAAGGUCACGGAACUCAUACCCUGUCAACGGCUGCUGGUAACUUUGUCCCAAAAGCCAGUGUGGUUGGUAUAGGAAGUGGAACUGCCAAAGGCGGUGCUCCUAAAGCUAGAGUGGCUGCUUACAAGGUGUGCUGGUCUGCAGUAGAGGACAAGGAUAUCGACGGAUGCUAUGAUGCUGAUAUAAUAGAAGGAUUUGAUGCUGCCAUCCAUGAUGGAGUCGAUGUUCUUUCAGUCUCUCUUGGUGGGGACCAGACGGAUUAUUUUAAUGAUGGCAUUGCAAUUGGUUCAUUCCAUGCUGUCAAGAAGGGUAUUGUCGUUGUCGUCUCAGCAGGAAAUUCUGGGCCAGAACCUGGAACUGUGUCAAAUGUUGCCCCUUGGAUGAUAACUGUUGGAGCUAGCACUAUAGACCGAAAGAUUCAGACUAUUGUUGAACUUGGCAAUGGCCACCACCUUAAGGGAACAAGCAUUUCUAAAGCAAUGCCUGAAAAUAAAUUGUAUCCACUUAUUAGUUCAGUGCAGGCCAAGGCUGCUAAUGCAUCCGUUAAAGAUGCUGAACUAUGUCUGCCAGGAACCUUGGAUCCUGCCAAGGUGAAAGGUAAGAUCUUGGCUUGUCUGAGGGGAGAAACUGCUAGAGUAGAUAAAGGUGCACAAGCUGCUUUGGCUGGUGCAGUAGGGAUGAUCCUUUGCAACGAUGAGAGUGAUGGGGAUUCAAUCAAUACCGAUGCUCAUUUGCUGCCGGCAUCGCAUAUCACUUACAAAGAUGGCCUUGCUCUCUUUUCAUACAUUAACUCUACUCGUGAUCCUCUGGGAUUUAUUACGCCUACAUCGGAAAUUUUUGGCACAAAGCCUGCUCCGUUCAUGGCUGCAUUUUCCUCUGUGGGGCCAAACACUGUUACACCUCAGAUUCUCAAGCCUGACAUUACUGCACCUGGAGUGGAUAUCAUAGCCUCUUACACAGGAUCAUCAAGCCCCACGGGUCUAGACUUUGACAAGCGCAGGACGCCUUUUAUCACUAUGUCUGGCACUUCAAUGUCUUGCCCUCAUGUUGCUGGGGUUGUUGCCCUUCUGAAAACACUCCAUCCUGAAUGGAGUCCUGCUGCAAUUAAAUCAGCCAUUAUGACAACUGCAAGAACAAGAGACAACACACCCCAGCCAUUGCUUGAUGGAUCAUCUGUAAAGGCAACCCCAUUCAAUUACGGUUCUGGACAUAUCAGGCCAAACCGUGCCAUGAAUCCAGGGCUUGUUUAUGACUUAUCUGUGAAUGAUUACUUGGACUUCCUUUGUGCUAUUGGCUACAACCAAUCAUCGAUUGAUGCUUUUUCUGCUGAUCACAAAUGUCCUAAAUCAGCCAGUCUUCUAGACUUCAACUACCCUUCAAUUACAAUCCCUAAACUAUCAGGCUCAGUAACUGUGAGUCGGAAAUUGAAGAAUGUUGGUUCGGCAGGCAAAUAUGCAGUUCGUAUCAAAGAACCAUAUGGAAUUUCAGUUUCAGUGGAGCCAAGUGCGUUAACAUUUGAAAAGACAGGAGAAGAAAAGAGCUUUAAGGCAACUUUCAAAGCUAAGUGGGAAGGAGCAGCUAAAAACUAUGAAUUUGGCGGACUAACAUGGACUGAUGGUGUCCACUAUGUUAGAAGUCCAAUUGUAGUUUCCACAGUUCAGAUAUGACAAGGAAAGACUAUUUUAGCAUGUAGCUGUUAGGAUUUUUUUUUUUUUUUUAAAUUUUCUCCACACAUUUAGGAAGUAAAUUAUGGUUUAGGAAGUAAAUGUCUUAAAUUCCUUGUGAUUCUGGUUUGAAUUUUUUUAAUAAAAACAUAAAUUUACAUGCCAA